ACACACACACACACACACACCCAUGAGCCCCCUUGUGGGCUGAAGGCAGAACAGGAGUUGUUUCAACCAUCACCAACACCCAGCACAGGGGUGGGCAUACCAAGUGCAUGUUGGAGUGAAUGAAUAGAGGGAUUUUUUGCACAACUGUGUGAAAAGCUUCAGAGUGAGCCAGCCACAGGUCAAAUCCAUCUGUACCUGCUGGCAGAUCUGCCUCUCUCCUUGAGCCUCAGUUUCCUCAUCUCUGAAAUGGGAAGAGUUAUGCAUGGUGGAUGCGGGAUGAGGUGUUCCUAGCUGCCUGGUCCAAAGGGAUUGCUCAACCAGAGGCCACUGUGACUGUUGUUGUUAUAAUUGCUGCUGUUGCUACUGACAGUCACACUGGGAAGAAGGGAUUGAAAGGGGUCAGGGAGGAGUCCUGGGAAGCCCCAGGAAGUUCCCCAGUCACCCUGGAAAACUGGUUCAACCGGUGUCUGCACGUCCAUCCCAGGGAGCACAGGUGAAGCCUCCAGAGCCUGUGGGAAAGGGGUGCUGGGCUAGGCUGGCCUCAGCUAUGCCUCAGAGCUACCUCCGGGACCCCCACUGAGCUGGGCCACUUCGGAUGGGCAGGACCCAGCCCUCUGACCCCCUUGGUGUCCAGUAAGUGGCCCCUUGGCAUCUCCACAGGACGCCAAAAUGGAGAUUCCUGCUGGGGCCCAGCAGCCCUUCCCAAGGGGCCUCCUGCUCUCAGCCUCAAUCCUGGCCCUCUGGGUCCCCCAAGGCUCCUGGGCAGCCCUCCGCAUCCAGAAGAUUCCAGAGCAGCCUCAAACGAACCAGGACCUUCUCCUGUCUGUCCAGGGCAUCCCAGGCUCCUUCCAGGACCUCACCUGGUACCUGGGGGAGGAGGCCGAUGGCGGGACGAUGCUCUUCACCUACAUUCCGGAGCUACUGCGGCCCCAGAGGGACGGCAGCGCCAUGAAGCAGCGCGACAUCGUUGGCUUCCCCAACGGCUCCAUGCUGCUGCGUCGUGCCCAGCCCGCUGACAGCGGCACCUACCAGGUGGCUGUCACCAUCAACCCUGCAUGGACCAUGCGGGCCAAGACUGAAGUCCAGGUGGCUGAAAAGCCGAAGGAGCUGUCCAUUACAAACCUGCCCAUGAGUGCUGGGAUCGUGGCUGCCAUCAUCAUUGGGUCCCUUGCCACCGGCUCUGUCUUCGUCGGCAGCAUUGCCUACCUCCUGGUGACAAGAGGCUGGAGGGCCCAGAGCCACAGGAUGAUGGCCUCGGAGAAACCAGAGCUGGGCCCCCAUCAUCAUGCCGGCGACAACAACAUCUAUGAAGUGAUGCCGUCUCCGGUCCUCCUGGUGUCCCCUCUCAGUGACACGGGGUCCAUGAACGCCAUGGCGGACCUGCUGAAUCCGGACCCUGCCCCUUACUGCCAGCUGGUGCCAGCCCCCUGAAGGGGUCCCAGGCCAGACCAGUCAGGGCAGGGGGAAACCUCAGCCCUCCCCGGGGACCAUGCACCUGCAGAGAAGCCACACCAGAGACCCAGCAGGACCAGGCCGUCGGGGCUGUGGGCUGACGAGAGGACCCAACCAAAGACUCCACAGGGCAUUGGGCUUGGCGCUUGUGUUUGGGGCUCGCUCACCCUCUGAGCAUACAGCUGCCCUUAAGUCUCGUCCUCCAGCAACCUGGCCUGGGCCGCAUGCCCUGGAACGGCAGACUCCUGCCUCUUUCCCACCGCAAAGUCCCCCAUCCGGGUAUUUGGCGGGGGCGGGGGAGAGGGUGAUUGCAGACCUACCUCCAGCCAGACCUCACAAGCACCUGCUGGGCUGGGCUCCCUGCUCUCAGCCCACAAGGCCCCACCCGGCUCUGCUCAUUGCCCUCGAAGCCCCUUCCCUGGGGACAAGGCAGCCUCUGCCACGCAUGCCCUGGAGGACAAGGCACAUGACAGCAAGGCAUGGCCUCACGGGCCCAGGGCCCCAGAUGACAGUCCUGGCCUGUUACCACGGCCACCGGGCCCCUUCCCUGCCCAGGCUGAUCCGCCCCUCUCAAAACUCAGUCUCAGAGCCUGUGGCCAACUUCUGCCCCAUUUGCCCCCAAACUAAGGCCCUCAGGGCAGCCCCUUCCUUCUCUACCCCCAACCCAACCCUGUCCUAAAAGUGGUGGGUGCGAUAAUUUAUUCACGCGCUCAGCAAUAAACAAGCUGUGUGCCCCCCAUGGUUCUGGAUCCUGCAGCUCUGGCAGGGCCCGAAAUAAAACAAAGCUUCCUGCUCUCUGGCAACAGUCAGGAAACAAAAUAAAUAACUAACAUAG